UCGUUUAGGUAACUUAGCUUUCUGAAAAACCCUAAAAAACCGAAUCUCAAUUUGGUCAGGUGAUGCCCAAGCUCAAGGAGAGUGCCUAAGGUUGAAUUCUUCAAAAAAAUGCUGGUAGGAAUCUUUCACCACCUGCGCAUGAUUCCCGGAUCCUUUCCUCGUCAAGUUUUCGAUCACCAUGUCGAGGUAUUUGAUGCUGGGGAAUAUAAAGAAGACAGCAGGUUCCCUCAUUACAAGCCAAAGACUGAACCAUUUAGAAGCAAGGAAGAGCGGGAUAGUUGUUGCAGUUUGGCCUCUCUUUCGUAAUAAAAUUUUCUCACAUUAUAGUUUUUUAUCCAGAGGACAUCCUUCCUCCCCAUCUCACUGCACUUGGAGAAGCUUUUACGGGACUAGUAACUCCAGAAGUUUUGGUGUCGUCACAGCCAGUAAUGCCAUUAAACUACAUGCUCAGUUGGUCCGGAAAAGGUUUUCCUACAAAUUCUCCUCCAAUGGUCGUGCUUUUCCCCCCAUAACCGAAGCUGCUCAAGCAUUUAUCUUGGCCAUUUCACGUUCUUACCUGAUAGUUCCUGGUAUAUUUGCUUUCGCUUGUGGAGAGCUAGCAGCCCAAAGAACAUUCGCAAAUGCAGGCCACUACCCAUCUCCUAAUUCUUUCUAUGUACGUGCAGAAGAUGGGCAUGCCAUCAUGGUUUCACUACUACGUUCCACAUUAGAAGUUAUGACAUUAUUACUUAGAGCACUAUAUCUUGCCAUCUUGUUCUCACCUUGCAUUCUGAUGGCUCCAUUUGUGGAUACCUUUGGAUGCAAUUUCAGAAGACUCUGGCUUCAGGUUGUUCACCGUUCACUGGAAAAAGGAGGUCCAGCAUUCAUUAAAUGGGGUCAGUGGGCAGCAACAAGGCCAGAUCUCUUCCCUAGGGACUUAUGUACCAAGUUAUCAGAGCUUCACACUAAGGCUCCAGAACAUAGUUUUUCCUACACGAAAAGAACUAUUGAACGGGCAUUUGGUAGAAGGCUUUCUGAGAUAUUUGAAAAUUUUGAAGAGGCUCCUGUAGCAUCAGGAAGUAUUGCUCAAGUACAUCGAGCUUAUUUGAAAUUUCGAUAUCCUGGUCAACAAGUGAAACCUAUGUUAGUUGCUGUAAAAGUUAGACACCCUGGUGUCGGUGAAUCAAUUAGGAGAGAUUUCAUUAUAAUUGACUUGGUAGCAAAAAUCUCAAAGUUUAUUCCCACUCUCAAGUGGUUGAGAUUGGAUGAAAGCGUGCAACAAUUUGCAGUUUUUAUGAUGUCUCAAGUUGAUCUUGCAAGGGAAGCUGCUCAUUUGAGCCGCUUUAUUUAUAACUUUAGACUGUGGAAGGAUGUUUCAUUUCCGAAACCUGUGUAUCCCCUCGUACAUCCUGCUGUUUUAGUGGAGACUUAUGAACAUGGGGAAAGUGUUUCACACUACGUUGAUGAGCUGGAAGGAAAUGAAAGACUGAAGUCUGCAUUGGCACACAUUGGGACUCAUGCACUUCUUAAAAUGCUUCUGGUGGAUAACUUUAUACAUGCAGACAUGCAUCCUGGGAAUAUCCUUGUUAGGGUGCCUCAUGGAAAGUCCCGUAGGAAGCGACUAUUCAAUUCAAAGCCUCACGUUGUUUUCCUCGAUGUAGGCAUGACUGCUGAACUUUCUGGAAACGAUAGAGUAAAUUUACUAGAAUUUUUUAAGGCAGUUGCCCGAAGGGAUGGCCGCACCGUUGCAGAAUGCACCCUGAGGUUAUCAAAACAUCAAAAUUGCCCUGAUCCAGAGGCAUUUAUUGAGGAAGUGACGGAGGCAUUUUCUUUCUGGGCUACGCCAGAAGCUGAUUUAGUGCAUCCUGCUGAAGCCAUGCAGCAAUUACUGGAGAAAGUGAGGCGUUAUAGAGUCAACAUUGAUGGAAAUGUCUGCACUGUGAUGGUUACAACCUUGGUUCUUGAGGGUUGGCAGAGGAAACUUGAUCCGGAGUAUAAUGUGAUGCAAACACUGCAAACGCUGUUACUAAGAGCCGAUUGGGCGAAAUCUCUUUCCUACACAAUAGAAGGAUUGAUGGCGCCAUAGAGAGGGUCUCUCUGCUCUACAAUUUUGACAAUGUAAAGGCCAAAUUACUUACUAUAAGCUGGAUCCACGUUACUCAAGUUUUGUCUUUUCACCUCAUUUUCCCACCGAACUUUUGUUUUGAUUUUUUGAGUUCAAAACUGAGGGGGAAAGCGGUAGACGAGAGUAAAAGCAAAUAAUGUGGUAUAAAAACCCAAUUCUUUUGAGACUUACACGGUACUUUUAACUGAA